AAUAUUAUUUGACAAUAAUACUUAGUCCUAUAUAAACUCAUUUCAUACAUGGGUAUUAGGUGGUUUAUCCAUCUAACGGUUCUUACUCUGGAUGUAAUUGUUUGGUGUUCUCCUGAUGCAAUUGCUUUCAACGAUUCAAAUUUGAAGAGAUGUCAAAAUACCUACAAAAAUCUCACUCUAGAGCAGAAAGCCAGCUACAUUGACGCAAGUGGAAAACCCGCCAGUGGUAUUUAUGGUGGAAAUACUUUGUGGUAUGGCUCGUACAGUGAAUGCAAGAAAAUACCCGACUCGCGCUAUUGUUGGACGACGUUCCUUGGAUAUGUUGCUCUGCCCAAAAUUGGAAAAGAGGUUCAACAAAUCCAAUGGGGUGUGUGUACGCCAAAUGAUUGUAUCAGAGAGGACGGGGGAAUUUUCUUUGACUUUCUUUUCCAAAAUGUUUCAGGCAUCAACAUUGUUACCCCGAUCAAAAUAUACUUCCAAGUGAAAUGUGCUGAGGACCCGGGAUACACAGCAUCAGCAGUGGUUACAAUAAUUUUCUGUGGGAUAUUGGUUGGCUUAUGUCUGCUUGCCACCAUAAUGGAAGUAAUUAGUGGGUCAAAUGGAGCUUCUAAGUCGGAAAGAAUCGAGAACGACAAGCAUAUUUCAAUGGAAAACGACCCUGAUGAAAAAACACCAUUGUUACCAAAUGUUACCACUAACAGAGUGGGCAAAAACGACGGGACAUUUUAUGAAAUAGUAAAUUCCUUCUCAAUGAUCCGUAAUGUCAAUACAAUUCUUAACACGAAUGUUAGAAAAAGUGAUUUGACAUAUUUACAUGGGAUACGAGUAUUAUCUCUAUUCUGGAUAAUUCUUUUCCACGUUUAUGUCCAGACUUUUGCUCAAGACAAUCGAAAGGAUGUCGCACAUUUUAAGAGAAAAUUUGCAUCAAUGGUUUUAAACACAGCAUAUGGAGUGGACACAUUCUUUAUAUUAAGUGGUCUACUGGUGGUGUAUGUCAAUAUGAGUAAGAAGGUGAAAAAUAACGGACAGACAAACUGGUUCAAAUACUAUUUGCAUAGAUUUUGGAGACUGACGCCGACAUUAAUGUUUUGGAUACUAUUUGUCGCAAAAUUAAAAAAACACUUUGGUGCUGGUCCAAUCUGGUUUCAAGCGAUCGAUUACUCAGCUGCAUGUUCUGAAAAUUGGUGGACAAACUUGCUGUAUCUGAAUAACUUCUUCCAUGUACGUCAAGACGAGAUGUGUUUGGUCCAUACCUGGCAAUUGGCAGAUGAUAUGCAAUUUUUUAUCCUAUCCCCGUUUUUACUCAUCAUCGCAUACAGGUUCGGAUUUCGCCGAUUACUUGGUGUUGUUGGAGUUGUUAUCUUGGCCAGUAUAAUCGUGACAGCUUCUUUAAUUGCACACUAUGAUUACCCUCCGCUAACUGUUUUAAUAACACGGGCAUUCGUCGGGUCCUCUGUCGAAGACAGAGCAAAAUCUCUCGAAGAGUUUAAUGGAUUCUUCAAAGAUGUUUAUGUGAAGCCAUACUGCAGAAUUCCUCCGUAUGUGAUGGGAAUUGUUCUCGGCUACGUUCUUUUUAAACAUUUUUCAAAGGAGUUCAAAUUGCCAAUGAAACUUGUUGUAAUGAUGUGGCUGGGCGCGACCGCUUUGGCUGUCACUGUUGUGUACGCUCCAUACGGUACUUUAAAAGAAGAUCCACGAAUAUGGACUAAAGGCGAAAACAUUCUUUUUGGAUCACUGAAGUGGUGCAUAUGGGGACUGUGUAUUAUCUGGCUUAUAUUUGCCUGUCACUAUAACUAUGCAGGUUUGGUUAAGAACAUCCUUGCAGCAAAAUUCUGGAUUCCUUUGAGCCACAUAAAUUACGCAGCAUAUAUCGUACAUUUCGACAUCAUUUCAACAUUAGCUUUCAACAUCGAGACACCCAUUCAUUACACAUCCUUCACACUGGUAACCUAUUUUCUUGCUUCGGUGGUGUUAACGUAUCUAAUAGCUUUUAUCGUCACCGUCGUGGUCGAACUACCUUGUGCAAAUCUGGAAGCAAUUGCCUGGAAAAAGUGGGAAAAGAAAUAAUUUAGCGACUCGACGUAUACCAUCAAGGACUCGACGUAUGGUCCCAAUUUGUCGUUCCCAUACUCGGACGUGGAAGCAAUUGCCUGGAAAAAGUGGGAAAAGAAAUAGUUUAACUGACGUAGUAUCAUUUCAUGAUUAUAUUCAUUUGUACCAACGAUAUUCACGUUUACAGGGCCUUUUUUAAGGCGAAUGACAAUUUAAGGGAUCUUUUGUCAUGAUUGAGAGGGAGAUAUAUAUAAAUAUUGUAUACAAAUAUUUAUGCUAAA